GAGGCUGACAUUUUCUUCCAUUUGAGAGAGAGAGAGAGAGUGGCGAAGUUUGAUUUUUGAAUGUAAGAGCGAUUCUACGCUCUCGUGUCGUUUAGCGAAGCUUGAAAUUUCUUUAGCUGCAUUAUUUUUCUCUCGUUUCAAGCUCAAUCACAUAACUCUUGGUUGAGGAUUCUUCUGUGCUUUUUUAUGUAGACAUACGAGUGAUUCGUGUCUGUUUCUCAAUCAGUAAACAGAAAGCGUUUCUUGGGCGCGUCUGAUUCAGAGUGGUUGUUGUCUCGUGCAAGCAUGAAUUAAACGACACAGUUUCGUGAUUGCUGGUUUUGGAAGCAUUGAGAAAUUUUAGAGUAUUGUGUGGGAGAGAGUUACAGAGAUACUGGUGCAAAGCUUGACGAUAAAGCCACAAUGGAUUUUUAAGCUUUAAGGCUAGUGUCUUUGAGGUUGUUUGUUUCUUUAUCUAUUAGCUUCCUUUCUUGCACCUUGGAUCUCCUACUUCAAAAAUAUAGAAGAAGGAGGAGAAGUAGAGUGCCGUGGCAUGAUCUGAACGUUGAAGAAGUCAAAUUGAUUUCGAGCCUCUAUUGGAAUCCGUUGUGGGUCAUAUCACAAUCAAACUGAUAAAAGCUCUCACUGCUUUCAUGUCAUACACUCUCCUUCUCCACCAAACUGCUUCUUCAUGGUUGAAAAGUAAAUUCCUUCUUCUCUAACAACAACCAUGGUGGUUGAAGAUACUAAUCAUGAUGAGGGUCGUUCAACCGAAGAAUGGUUGUUUGAAGCACAAGAGCUGGUCCCUCUAGCUCUUGCCAAGGCCAAGGAGGUGAGGAAUUUCCCGGGAAGGUGGAAGAUGAUCGUAUCAAAACUCGAACAGAUCCCAUGUCGUUUAUCAGACUUAUCCAGCCACCCAUGCUUCUCCAAGAACGCUCUCUGCAAGGAGCAAUUGCAGGCCGUAUCAUCAAUACUUAGAGAUGCCGUUCAUUUGGCCGAGCUUUGCAUGAAGGACAAGUACGAAGGCAAGCUCAAGAUGCAGAGCGAUCUCGACGCCUUGUCGGGAAAACUCGAUCUACACUUGAAAGAUUGCAGCCUGCUGAUCAAAACUGGAGUUCUCGGGGAGGCCACCCUGCCAUUAGCCAUAUCAGAAGCUGAUGUUUCGAGCAAUAAUAUCAGGGAGCUACUGGCUCGCCUGCAGAUCGGUCACUUGGAGUCGAAGCACAGGGCUAUAGAGAAACUGCAUGACGUGAUGAAGGAAGACGAGAAGAGUGUUUUGGCUGUUUUAACUCGCAGCAACAUAGCUGCCUUGGUUCAAUUGCUCACCGCUACUUCUCCGAGGACAAGAGAGAAAACUGUUACCAUUAUAUGCAGCCUUGCGGAAUCGGGAAGCUGCGAGAAUUGGCUGGCCUCUGAAGGAGUCAUUCCACCUCUGAUAAGGCUCAUCGAAUCAGGAAGUGCCGUCGGGAAAGAGAAGGCUACCGUAACCUUCCAGAGGCUCUCCAUGUCAUCAGAAACUGCUCGUGCCAUUGUUGGACAUGGCGGGGUUCGUCCGCUCAUUGAUCUCUGCCAGACUGGGGAUUCUGUGUCACAGGCUGCUUGUGCUUGUGCUUUGAAGAACAUAUCCUCCGUCCCGGAGGUUCGACAGGUUCUGGCUGAGGAAGGGAUUGUCAAGGUAAUGAUCAGUCUCCUGAACUGUGGAAUGUUGUUGAAUUCCAAAGAGUACGCGGCUGAGUGCCUACAGAAUCUCACUUGCAGCAACGAGAAUCUAAGGAGGCUGGUGAUAUCAGAAAAUGGAAUAGGAAGCCUUCUAGCGUAUCUGGAUGUUCCUCUUCCGCAAGAAUCUUCAAUGGGAGCCCUGAGGAACUUAGUAGGAUCCGUGUCCGAGCAGUCUCUAGUUUCUAUGGGCCUGCUUCCCCGCUUGGCUCACGUCUUGAAAUGCGGGUCCGUGGGGGCACAACAGGCGGCUGCUUCUACGGUCUGUAAAAUUUGCAGCUCAGGAGAGAUGAAGAAGAUGAUUGGGGAGGCUGGGUGCGUGCCCCUGCUGGUGAAAAUGCUGGAGUCCAAGUCUAAUAGUGCUAGGGACGUCGCAGCGCAAGCAAUUUCGAGCUUGAUGAUGCUGUCUCAGAAUCAAAGAGAGGUGAAGAGGAAUGACAAGAGUGUGCCUAAUCUUGUUCAGCUGCUCGAUCCAAAUCCUCAAAAUUCUGCAAAGAAAUAUGCUGUGGCAUGCCUGGGAUCGCUUUCUUCGAGUCAGAAGUGUAGGAAACUGAUGAUCUCCUACGGAGCAAUCGGGUAUCUGAAGAAGCUCGCCGAGAUGGAGAUUCCGGGAGCCAAGAAGCUACUUGAGAGAUUGGAAAGAGGGAAAUUGAGAAGCUUGUUUAGCAGGAGAUAGAGAUCAUGUUUGUUCUUAUCUGCUCUUGCUCUUGUUCUUUUGUCUUAUCCAAUUCAUGUUUGUUUCAUUGUCUAUAUGAAACAAACUGGUCUGGAAUGGUCAAGUUUGCUUAAAUAUGUAAUAUGUUGGACUAAUGGCUAUAUCUAAAAAGCAUUAAGUAUGGAAAAAUAUCUUUAACUAUUA